AUGGUGUACAGGACCAUCUUGCUGGUGCUCUGCUGCAUGGCCUUCCCAACCGGGGUGUUGUGCAACGGGUACGUCCUCUUCGUCACCGGCUGCCGUAUGGAAAGGACGGCCAGCACCGUGUGGUUCCUGAACCAGGCCGUGUCCGAUUUCAUCUUCAUCCUCUGCCUGCCCCUCAGAUUCAUCAUCAUCUUCAUCUCCAACUUAGACUGGGCCAGGAGGCUGAGCAGCACCAUCACCUCCCUGCACAUGUUCUCCAGCACCUUCCUCCUCACGGCCAUCAGCGUCCAUCGCUGCAUGCUCACUGCAUGGCCUGAGUGGGCCCAGAAACACCGCACAGCUUCCCUGGCCUUCUGGGAGGGUCUAUGUGUAUGGGCCCUGUCUGCUGGGUUCAGCUUGCGGUACGGUGACCUCUGUGAAUUCCUCCCCUCAACUGCCAGCACCAGCAUGCAUUUCCCACUGGAUGAAGGGAGGGCAAAGGUCGCCGUUGCAAUCCAAUUCCUGGUCGGGUUCCUGAUCCCAUUAGCCUUGAUCUUCAUCUCAAUCUUCUACGUCAUUCAUGCUGCCAGGCUGAGAAGGAACCAUCCAAUCCAGGCCACCCAGCCUCUCAAGAUCCUUCACAGCUUGAUCCUGUCCUUUUUCCUCGGCUGGCUGCCAUAUCACGUCUUCUACUUCCUGCAGCUCUCAGCUAUGCAUCCUCCGCCUCUUCUGGAAAUAGGAAGCGCAUUUGCUUGUGUCCUGACAUAUAUCAACAGCACCCUCAACCCCAUCUUCUACCUCACCAUGGAAGAAGAGUUUCUGAGGUACCAGAAAUGCGCACACAAUCCCGACACCGCUGACCAGUCAAGGCUGGAGCCAGCUGAAUAG